UGUACGCCGAGAAGAGUGAUUCUCGCGCGCGUGUUUCUCCGGAGCCUCCGAAGAAAGAGUGGAUUUCCGUUACGCGAAAGUGUAGUGCUGCUUCUUGUGCGACUGGACCACACACGACCGACUGUGAGCCCCGCCAGGCUCUCUGGAGGUGCAUCUCGAGGAUCUCUGUGACGGUGAAUACCUGCGACGCCGCGAUGACAGGCCAUUCUUCUGUCACAACAUUCCAUGAAGUCGACGAACGACGGAGCCGAGGCCGAAGAUCGAUCGUCGAUCGUCGCCAUUGACUCGAAACACUAUCGCACGAUUCGCUUGAUCUCUAGAUGAAUCACCGUGAUCUACCGUGUAAUCUACAAGCAACGAGAGUCGCGCUGAACGAAUCAUGUACAAAAUAUUGCGUCGCGGCUCCGGCCGCGUCUUCGUCCUCUGCAUCGUGGUGCUGUCACUCCUACUAUGCCUGUACUACGUCAGCCAGGUCCAGGCACCGUCGUCAGGUCAUCCUGCCAUUCUGAACGAGGAGCUCAGAUACGAUCGCAGUUUGACCUCCGUCACUCCGGAUUACAGCGAGUCGCCAGAUGCACAGGUGUCGCUCGCCACCUGUCCCAUAAUUGUGCCGCGAAACGCCGACAUUGACGCUCAGCAGGAGUUUGGCAAGUUCGACUUUCAGGAAUGCUUCUGCAGGAGGCUCUCCAUCAGAGAGGAUUACAAUACGCGGGUAACCGUGGACGAGCGGCGUUGGCGACAGGUAAACGCAGGCCGCAUGCCUCUGGUCAGACAAGCCGGCAAAUAUCAAUUAGCCUCACUAAUGAGAAAUCUCAUCGGGCGUCAAUUUGUUUACCUUCUCUUACAGCCCUCAUGGAUGCGGAGUCGAGAAUACUGGGACGACAGUUUUGAGACACGUUUCGCAGAGCUGCGGAAAGAUCCGACGAGACCACCUCUGAAGGUUAUCCUUGUGCCUCACAGUCACACCGAUCCGGGAUGGCUGAAGACAUUCGAGCAGUAUUUCCACAGUUCUACGAGGAGCAUCCUAAAUAACAUGGUCUCGAAACUGCAACAAUGGCCGAACAUGACUUUUAUUUGGAGCGAGGUUUCGUUCUUAUCACUAUGGUGGGAUAGUGCUCAUCCGACGAAGAAGAUGGUCAUAAAAAGAUUAGUCAAGGACGGUCGACUAGAAAUGACCACCGGAGGCUGGGUCAUGACUGACGAAGCGACUUCUCACAUUUAUGCUAUGCUGGACCAACUCAUUGAAGGUCAUCAAUGGUUGAAAACAAAUCUUGACGUGACACCCGAGUCGGGCUGGUCCGUCGACCCGUUCGGCCAUGGCGGUACUAUACCCUACUUUCUCAAGGCCUCUGGUGCAUCCGGUACGGUGAUUCAGAGGAUACACUACGCGUGGAAGCAGUGGUUCGCCAAGAAACAAUACGGCGACUUCGUUUGGCGGCAGCCGUGGGAUCGCGACGGCGCAGCCGACAUGCUCACCCAUAAUCAACCGUUCGACAUCUACAACAUCAAGCACUCGUGCGGCCCACAUCCGCAUGUCUGCCUCAACUUCGACUUCCGUAAAAUACGCGGCGAAUACACGGAGUACUCGGUUCGCGCCGUCGAGAUCACGCCUAACAACGUUAAGCAGAUGGCCGAGCUGUUGCUGGAGCAAUAUGCGAGAACCGGCUCAUUGUUCACUCACAACGUCGUGCUGAUGCCACUCGGCGAUGAUUUUAGAUACGACCACGCGAUCGAAUGGGAUCAACAAUACACCAAUUACAAGAUCCUGAUGGACUACAUAAAUAGUCGGAAGGACGAGUAUAAUGCUGAGGUAGUGUUUGGCACGCCGAAGGACUAUUUCCACGAGAUACAAAAGCGCGUGAACAAGUUCCCAUCGUUAACAGGCGACUUCUUCGUAUACUCGGAUAUUUUCAGUGAAGGUAGACCGGCCUAUUGGAGCGGCUACUUUACUACCAGGCCCUACAUGAAGAUUCUGGACCGCGAGCUCGAGGCGAAUCUCAGAUCUGCCGAGAUCCUUUACACGAUCACGCUAAAUCUUGCCAAGCAAUCCGGCAAGGAUAUAAAACUUUACGAGACGUAUUUCGAGAAGCUGGUUAAGGCGAGACGUAAUCUGGGUCUGUUCCAGCAUCACGAUGCGAUUACCGGUACCUCAAAGUCCUUUGUUAUGAAAGAUUAUGCGCUGAAACUCUUCGAGUCAAUCUCGGAUACGACGAGCCUGCAAAGCUUUGCCAUCCAGUCUCUCGCGGCCACCAUCAGCGGCAAGUCGAAUUCCGUCUAUGUGUUGUCCGAAUCGGAUAGAGACAGCUACGAGAAGCUGCCGAAGAAGAUACCAAUCGGCGUGAAUAAUCAUGAGACUAGGAAAAUCGUUCUGUUCAAUCCACUGGCGCAGUCCAGGCAGGAAGUGAUCAGUCUGAAAGUUACGUCAUAUAAAAUCAAAGUCUUAGAUCCUCAGAAGAACCCCAUACCCUACCAGAUCGCGCCUGUGAUGAACGCCACGAGCAUUACGCAUGAUGUAUACGUUCUACUUUUCGUAGCCGAACUGAAGCCACUGUCAAUCGCCACAUACCACUUGCGACAAGUCGAUAAAGUGCCGGCAGAGGCCAUCUCGACAGUGUACUGCAGCCGUUGCGGCAAGGACAAUGUCUUUCCUAUCAAACCUAUGCAAGUGGGCGACGUACAGCUCGAGAAUCAACGAAUGAAACUGCUGUUUGAUGGGCAGACGGGUUUCCUGAAGCGCGUGACGAAAAAAUCCACCGGCAAGAUCAUGCAGUGCGCCGUGCAGUUCGCUGCGUAUCCUUCGGCUCAGUUCCAUAGUGGUGCCUAUCUCUUCAUGCCUGAUCCUAAUCUCCGGGACACCGACAAGGAUGUCUUGGAGGCGUACACGCCGCAUCAGAAGAUCUAUAUCAUCAGCGGUAACUUGAGUUCCCGCCUUACCGUCGAAUAUGGCAAGUUACUGACGCAUCAUGUGGCGAUCUACCAUCGCGACGGCGGCCUCGGCGAAGCCAUUUACCUACGCAACAUUGUGGACUUUGAAACGCCACCGAAGAAUCGCGAGACGGAGAUGUUUAUGCGUUUGCAAACCGACAUCUCGAACGGCGAUCCGCCUGAGUUCUACACCGAUCUGAACGGUCAUCAGAUGAUCAAACGUACCAAAAUCGAGCGCAUCGGCAUCGAGGGCAAUUACUUUCCCAUCACAACCAUGGCCUACAUCGAGGACUCGAGUCACCGACUGACACUCUUAGUAAACCACUGCCAGGGCGCGGCCAGCUACCAGCCCGGCUGGCUCGAGGUGAUGCUGGAUCGCAGAACUCUAUACGAUGAUUCACGGGGCAUGGGUGAAGGUCUGCUAGACAAUCGGCGGACUGUCAUCAAGCAUUGGCUGCUACUUGAAGAUAUAAGUGGCGAAAAAGACAAAUACUCGAGACCGUCGUUAUUCGCCAAUCAUUUGAGCAACACUCUCAACUACCCGGUGAAUAUUUUCGUGGUAGACGGUAACGAGCAGGAGGUCACGAUGACGCCGGAAGUCAGACUGUUGAGUCAAAGUUUCCCGUGCGAUCUUCAUCUGCUCAAUCUGCGCACCAAUCACGAUCAGAAACUGCCACAUUUCCCAGUGAACAGCGCGCUCAUGGUGCUGCACCGGCAGGGCUACAGUUGCUCCGUGGGUAUCGACGUGGCUCUGAAACACUGUCCACUCAUAGAGAGACUCGCGCAGGGCACCGCGUUUUACAAGCUCGACAAGGUCAACGUUACGAAGACGUCGUUGACUGGUACGAAGUCGGGCGCCCGUUUGAAAGACGGUUUCCAAGAGAUCGGCCUGCAACCGAUGCAAGUCGAGACAUACAAUGUGAAUUUCGUACAAUGAUCUUAAGCCACAAGCCGAUCGGCUGUCGAUAUCGACCCGUUCGCAUUGAUCGGUUAGCAAAAUUAGCAAGAGUACAUAGGCGUCUUGCCCCUUCCGAAUGACACUGCCGUAUAUUAAUCAUGUUGAAUACUACCUCUGACUCUUUGUGUAACGUGUGACGUUGUUAGCGGCAAAGAAUGGAAACGAUACAGCAGCGAAGGUAAUCAAUAAUUUCUCGCGGGACGAAAAAAGUGACAAAUAACGUUGACUACUCUAGGACAAUUGACUCAUACAAUUGAAUUUUAUUAAAAUAUAUGUUUUUUUCGUU